AUGAGAUUUAUUAAAUUUGAUUUUAUUCUUUUAUUUCAUUUCUCACUUUUUAUCUAUGGUCAUCAUAAUUCUUUAUUGUUUUUGUAUCCUUGUUAUUUCUUCUUUCUAUUUAAUCCUUUCUGUUUUAUUCUUAUUUCUUAUCCUUUCUUUUAUUUUUAUCUAUUCUUCUUUCUUUUAUUUUUCUACUUUCUUAUUCUCUUCUUUUUUUACUUCUUCUCUUUUCUUCUUUCCUUUUAUUCUCUAUCUUACAUCUACUUUAUUUUCUUCUUUCUGACUUAUUCACUUCUCUUUUUUAUUAUUUCCUUUUUCUACUUAUAUUUAUUAUUUCUUCUUCUUUUUAUUUUUUCUUCAUUUUUCUUCUUUCUCUUCUAA